GCCCCGUAUUUCCUGACAGAAACGUACAGUGACGUUCAGUAUGCAUUUUGCUGGCACUGUGUUAACAUCAAUUGAACGCUAAGCUGAACCUCAUUCGUGUUUACAAUUCAUAUCCUUAAUCGGCUUUUGGAGUACUAACAGAAAAUGGAUAAAUCUGGUCUUUUCGAAAUAGAUAUUGAUGGGGUCAGUGUGGUUUCAAAUCUUUACCAUGUCCCUAAGUCAAGGUAUGUCCACAAACUGGAUGAUAUUUCAUCAAGACCCGCACCACUUCAGACCAGUGAAGCUUACCAACAAAAUCAAUAUGGAAAUAAACUGUAUUUUCACCAUGACAUCCUGAAACAAUGCCAAAAACUGGAUGAUUUUUCCACCAUGUCAGAAACAACAUUAAAAGAACACCAAGUCCUUGAAGCACCGAUUGAUUGUCUAAAUGAGCCAGAAGCAUCAGAAUACCAAGUUCUUGAAGCACCGAUUGAUUGUCUAAAUGAGCCAGAAGCAUCAGAAUACCAAGUUCUUGAAGCACCGAUUGAUUGUCUAAAUCAGGCAGAAGCAUCAGAAUACCAAGUUCUUGAAGCACCGAUUGAUUGUCUAAAUGAGCCAGAAGCAUCAGAAUACCAAGUUCUUGAAGCACCGAUUGAUUGUCUAAAUGAGCCAGAAGCAUCAGAAUACCAAGUCCUUGAAGCACCGAUUGAUUGUCUAAAUCAGCCAGAAGCAUCAGAGGAAGAUCUUUACUGUCCCAUAUUACUGACCCCAGAAGUGACAAUUAAGGCUCGGAAGUCCACCAAGAAGAAAAACACACCUUACUUGCUGAAGGAAGACUUGAUCACAACAAAACCCAUGAUUCCUGUGGCAUUUGUUAUGUCAGGAGCAAGGCAAGACCAGUUUAUAGAAGUGUCAAUGCGAUACAGUGAGAAUCCGAACCAGAACAAACCCGUGAAUGUUUGCAAAGAACAUCAGGAUUGUGAAAUUUGCAAGGAUAAUCAGAGGAACCACCCAAAGAAUUUCAACUUCUGCAUCAACCAGCCUGAAAAGUUCUCCUGUCAGUACAUUCUGAAGGAUGGACACCCAACUGCUCUCCUUACUUUAACAGAUGAUGUCAUUUCUGAAGAUGGACAGGCCACAUUUAAUAUUAUAUUUCCUUGUUUGAACUCCUGCAAAACGCAUAGAAUGUCUGGGAAAAAACUACAUUUGAUCCUGAAAAUUUUUGAUAGUUACCAGAAACAGUUGAAUGAUCCUAUACAGUAUACCGUAAGAGUUUGUAAGAAUGUCAAGCGUGACCAUGUGGGCUUUGAUGAACUUCCCAGGGACCAAGAAAAGCUGGACAUUCCUCAGGCCCUUUUCCAAGAGCACAAAAGUCCCAAGUCCGAUGCUGUUAUUCUGCCAGAAACAUCAGACUUACAAACUUUGGAUGAAGCCAUCUUGUCACUUUUCCAAGAAGCCCUGCAGACAAGAGAGACUGGAGCCAUAUACCCUGUAACAAUACAGGUCCAAGAGUCCUCCAGGAAGAAAAACAUACCAUACUUGCUGAAGGAAGACUUCAUCACAACAAAACCCGUGACUCCUGUCACAUUUGUUAUGUCAGGAGCAAGGCAAGACCAGUUUAUAGAAGUGUCAAUGCGAUACAGUGAGAAUCCGAACCAGAACAAACCCGUGAAUGUUUGCAAAGAACAUCAGGAUUGUGAAAUUUGCAAGGAUAAUCAGAGGAACCACCCAGAGAAUUUCAACUUCUGCAUCUACCAGCCCGAAAAGUUCUCUUGUCAGUACAAUCUGAUGGAUGGACACCCAACUGCUCUCCUUACUUUAACAGAUGAUGUCAUUUCUGAAGAUGGACAGGUCACAUUUAAUAUUAUAUUUCCUUGUUUGAACUCCUGCAACAUACACAGGAGUUAUGGGAAAAAACUACAUUUGAUCCUGAAGAUUUUUGAUAGAGAGAAGAAUCAGAUUGGUAAUCCUAUACAGUUUCAAGUGAGAGUGUGCAAGAAUGUAAAGCGAGAUCAUGUAGAUGAUGAACAUCCCAGGGCAAACAAAAGGAUUAAAAACUCCAUUAAGGAGGAAGUUGUGAGUAACAAGAAUAUUGAGAUAGCUGGUGUGGCUCUUCACGGAGAAGGGCCCAACAACAAUGCUUCAGGCACACAGGAACAGGAACUACCUAACUGGACUUGCUUUUUAAUGAAAAGUCUGGAUCAUCAGAAGCAAGUGGUUUCCAUGAUUAAAGAACUUCAGGGAGAAGUCUUCUCUUUUGAUGACCCAGUAAUGACAUUGGGCUGAUUUGAAGCUGUGAUUGGAAAAGUAAUGGCAAACCUGUGACUAGAAGGUCGUAACACAAUAUUUACUGUAAGCUUUCAAAAUGUAUGCAGCAAAUAUGUAAAUGUUUCCUCAGUGAGGCAGUGCAUUUUGUUUGUUUUAUCCCUGUAUAUUUCCAUACUGGUAUUGCUUUAGCUUUUAUUUUUUUACCAGUGUUAUUCAUUUUUGAUUUAUUUUAUUGGUCAUAGUAUUCUUGUAAUUGUUGUUAUUAUAUUAUAAUCAAUUUUUUUUUUUUUUUUUUUUUUGUGCUUUUGUGUUUCUCUUUAAUUGUAUUUUUCCUUAUUCUUCUUCAUUUGCAUUAUAAAAAAUUACCAGUUUUGUAUUAAUUACAUUAAUAAAACAAAACAAAAGAAGUUUCAUGAGAUACUUUUUUUUUUUUUUUUUUGUGUGUGUGUGUGUGUGUGUGUGUGUGUGUGUGUGUGUGUGUGUGUGUGUGUGUGUGUGUGUGUGUGUGUGUGUGUGUGUGUGUGUGUGUGUGUUUGUGUGUGUCUGUGUGUCUGUGUGUGUCUGUGUGUGUCUGUGUGUUUCCAUUCUUAAUGCUUGGGGGUCCCAGUUGUUACCUUUAUUUCUUAGUUUUAGUUGAUCCCAAAUUAGAUGUAGCGCUAUGUUACUUGCUAUUGUAAGCAUAGUUUAUGAGAUGAAAUCUUUGUACUAAUACUGCAUUGAACAAAGUUUAAAAAAUGCACAAGAAAUCUAUAUAGGAAGAGUAUUAUAUUUAAUAAUUAUAGAGAUUUAUUAGUGUAUUUCACUAAUGUUUGUGGAGAGUAAACUUGAUAUUCCCUAUCAUCCAAGCAGACAUGUAUUGCAAGGUGAAUAAAAGAGUGUAGAUCUGUUUA